AUGUUGAAAGCCGCCGACGCCUCCUGCGCCGCCGCUUCCGCCGGUGAAUGGUCAGCGCUGGAGUUUGAACAGGGCCCUGAACCAUCUCAACGCCAUUUGCGCUCCCGGCCCCCACCUCCUUCCUCCAACAGCCGCUCGCUCCGUCACUCCGCUUCCCACAGGCCCCGCGCGGCCGUCCGACCCCACAGCCAAUCGCGCGGCAGCUUACUCAAACCGCCGCGCAGGCGCCGCUCCCCGCAUGCUCCGGCGCCCGCCAUUGGUCCGGCCGCGGCGCCCGACGGGAGUUGUAGUCCCGGUCCGCGAGGUCCCUAUACUCGGAGCGGGGCGCGGGAGCGGGUGGCGGGAGGAACGGUCGUGGCGGGUCUGACCAGCUCGGGCUCGGGAGCCAGUUUCAGCUCCCGGCCCUGCCGGGAGACCCAGGUGCUGCGGGGGAGGGCCGGGGCCUCAGUGCAGGCAGCUGUGUCAAUCGUUUCCCCCCCAGGGACACGCCGGUGUCUAGGGAGGAUGGGUUGUGCAGCUGCGCCAGGCCUGCUGGGGCCGCGGCCCGGGAUCGGGGAGGUAGGGAGCUGGCGGCUCGGAACCGCCCUCAGCCCGGCCCGGCGGAUGCUGGCCCAGCGCAGGCACACCAUUUGUAGUGUGACUUUGCAGCUCCUUGAAGAAUCUGGGCUGUAACUUGUAACUUGGGUUGGCCGAAAGAACAUGGCAGAAGAGAUACAGCUCUGAGCUGGAGUCUUAACGAAAACUUGAACGAUUCCACAUUCUUUCUUGGAUCCCUGCCUCCACAAGGAGAGCAGGCCUGGGCUAGCCUGCUGGAGGAGGAGAAGCCACAUGGAAAAGAGCUGAGGUCAUCGUACACCAGUCAACAGUCAGCAGACCCCAAACAUGCAAGCCAAGCCAGGAUUAGCAUAGCCACCUACCCAACCUGCAGCUGCCCACAGAUGCCCGUGUGAGCCCACCUGGGGCCAGACCAACUGCCCAGAUGACUUUAGACUCACGAGCAAUAAUAAAUAGUUAUUAUGUUAA